AUGUCUGUUGCAACAAGCAAGGCGGCGUACAAACGACACGCAUAUUCAGGGUCGCGCAAAAAUUUAAAACGAGUUCGAGGUGGACUAAGACGAUACCAUGGUGAAGCGAGCCGUUUGAAAGCUUGGCGUUCUGGAGAAAUGAAGAUGAAGUCAGUGAAUGAAGAAAUCGUCGCUGAUAACCCUAUAAUAAAAAGAAUAAAAUUGGCGAACAGUUCAGAAGAAGGUGAAGCAUCAGAGGUUAUUUGCCCCAAAUUAGAAAAUGUGUCAGUGGCAGAAACGUCAAAAAGUAAUAUCCCCUUGAACAUAGGUCCCUUUGAAAAUGUUCCUAGAUUAGAAAAUGUAUCCGAGGCAGAAACGUCAAAAAGUAAUAUCAUUUUGAACAUAGGUCCUCCUGAAAAUGUUCCUAUGACAAAUGAGGCGAGCAACAUGUCAGCGUUAGACAAAUUCAAGAGGCGCCUGGUGCGCGACAUCGCGCGUCGUAUAUAUCAAGAGAAGCAGUGUGAAGAGGAGAUGUGGCUUCAGCUGAAAAAUGAGUAUGGCUGCGAUUGUCAUUUAUUAUGGGAACAUAUGAGGGCAUUGACUUUGAAGAAGCUUAAACGACUGCUGGCUGCCGAGGAUCGCAUCGGAUACAUUACGAGGAUAGCUCGUAUGACCCUUACCGACUGGCUUACGUUCGAUCUGGUGCUCGUACAUGAGAAGGUCGACGUCAUUGGAGAGGACAUGACAUUAGGUGGAAAACCGGAACCGGAAAUAUUCAUAAUAUUAUUGAAUUUGGUAGAAAAAUACGGUAUCGAGACCCUAGCACCAAAGUUUCUAGUGGACGCGUGGUUCAAUUUAACAAUUGAAUACAACACCGGUGGUCGACAAUGUUCCCCUAUGCUACUUCAGCGUCGUUGGUACCAGCUGAAGGAGUCAACGAGAUCGAAGUUUUACAACUUCUGGCAAACCUACCGUGGAAACCCUAAACUGUUACCGAAAGCUAACGAAAAUAAGCCCACCAAAGUACAGAUGCUGAUUGCGGAACGGUUCCAACAUGUGGUAACGCAGCCAUUCCAGCAGUGGGAGAAUCUGAUCCAGAUGAAGCGAGUAGUACAGGCUGGCGCAUUUGAGAGCAGAAGAAGAAUAAAGGAGUCUGAAAUCAGUAACAGUGAAAAUGAUCCAGACCUCAUAGUUGUAGAGCCUACGGUAGAAACAAUAGAGGUUGCUGCAGAUUCUGACGACGAAGAUACAGCGGGAAUGACUGAUAACUCAAGUACGAACAAUGAUAUUCCAAAAGAUAACCCAUUGCUGUACGAAGAAGAUUUAGGUGUCACAAUAAAAACUGAACCCACUGAUGAUGUAACAGAAGUGGACGAGCAAUAUGCUGUAAAUGAAUUAGAAAAUAUUCAAAUCCCAGUGGAAACUGGUAAUCAUGUAUCAGAAGAUGCAAAAAUUGUUCAAGAUAGUUGCGAGACAGUGACUGAUGCCGCUUUUAAAGAACCACCCGAACUUACUUUACCAAAAAUUACGAGUGUAAUGGGUAAUGUUGAUAUUCCCCUGGAAUUUCAUUUAGAAAUCAAUGAGACUACUGACUAUGCAAAAAGCCAAGAAAAUGUCGAUAAAACGGUUGCUGAUGAUGAAAAAGAUUUGGAAAUAGACAAGAACAAUUUACCUAGCGGUAACACGAUUGAAGAAAAAAAUAAUAAAGUAUCUGAAAAUGAAUGCGAAGAUACUCAAAUGUCUUUUAAAACAGAUGUUGUUAGUACAAACGAUUUUUUAAAAGACAACGUGACUGAUUUAGAUAAUAGUAAAAAAAUGUCUGAAGAACAAAGCGAAGAUAUUAUCGCUUCAUCAUUUUUAAAAAAAGAAGUUGUGCCUAAUUUUGAUGAGUUACCGAUAGAUUUAGAAUUCGUAGACGACGGAAUUGAGCUUCUGGACAAUGACGUUGAAUGCGUUGGGGAAGAUAGACCAGUGAAUAUAGAAAAAGGGGGUGAUAUUAGAACAGAAAUUAAACAAGAAGCGAUCGAUGAGUCUGUAGGAGAGAAUGAUGCUACAUUUAAAAUUGAUCAAAAAUUAAUUAUGUUUCCCAUAACAUUUACAAAAAAAUUAGAUGAUAUGAUUAUAUUAAAAAAUACUAGCUACUUUCAAGUGAAAGGUGAUGACAUAAUACAAAGCAUUCUUAAUGAAAGUAAACCUACAAUAAAAGUACCUGUCAAAGAGGAACAAAUAAGUGAAGAUGAAAGCGAUAGUGAUUCUGAAACUAAUGAUGUUGUUCAUAGGGUGAAAUACACAAGUUGGCUCUUGAAAAAGCCAAAAUUUCGUAGUUAUAAUCCAAUACAGCUAUGCAAAAAUCCGGAUUUUAAUACACGUUUAAAAAGGUUAACAGUAGGAUUCUUCUCAAUUGAACGAAAUAGACAACUUUUUAGUGCUUGCAAACCAGUAACAAUAGAUCUUCACAAAGCUUUCGAAACGAAACUUGACAAUAACACGCUGCAUCUAGAAGCCUCUGAUACACCAGUCAUUAAACAAGAGAAAAGUGACGUUUGUGAAAAUACAGCGUCAGUAAUUCCAUCUGCAAUUGCUGUUCAGAGCUUACUUGACAAUAGUAAAGUAAGUGUUGAAGAAUUAUUACCAACAAAAGAAGAAAUUGAUGUGUCCAACACGCCAGUAAACAAUUAUUGUGUAAUUGAACGAAGUAGAUCUAUAAAUCUUCCUGAUAUAGAAGAAAUACGUCGUGUCAAUCAAAAGCUAUUAACUGCAGAAGUUAGUCCAAUUCCUUUAAAAAACAAUCUUGCAUAUAAUAAACCACCAGUACAGUUAAUUAAACCCACAGAUGAAGAUAAAAUAAACAGUCAUUCACAUUCGACGCCUAAAGCCAACCAUGAAAAUCCCUCUAAUGUACAGGAAGAAAAAAAGAAAAAAAUUAUGAAGCGGACAGUGCCGAUACCAAAAAUACGACCAUCACGUACAAUACCAUCAUGGAGCGUACGCGUCCCUCAAGAAAGAAUUGAUGAUGACACUUUGCUUACAGAAGAUACUCUCAAUAAGGUACUUUGCUUGCUAAAUGGUAAUGACGAACCAUUGUCAAAAUCAAAACAUAAAAAAGAUGACACACCGUUGAAAGAGCAUGAAGCUAAUCAAGUAAAAUCAAAUGAAUUAAUUGAAGAAAACAAACAAACAGUAAGUAAUGAAAAAAGUGUAAAUAUACCGGGUGAUUUGAUAGAUGAAAUGGAAUUAAGACAAAGUGUAGCAUUCCUACAACAGUCAAAUGGCUCUAAAAAGAAAAGGUCUAAGAAAAAUAUCGCAAAACCGAAUCGAACGAUAGCAACACAAAGUGGAUAUUGCUGUUGGGCUCAAUAUAAAAUACAAAAUUUUACACAAUACGGAAGAAGAUUGAGACAUUUAUGUCCUAAACCACUUUGCAAUUGCUGCUGUCGUAAUCUUCUUUUAAAUAAAAUGUUAUAUCCUGAAAAUAAGUCAGAUUCAAACGCAAAAGAUAGCCGUACUGGAAAACAAGGCCAAUUAUCCGCCAUUUCAUCUCGAAAAAAAUUUGAUAUAAAUAAAUAUAUCAGUAGUUAUGAAGAUAAUACAAAUAUUUACUCUGAAGUUCACACUGCUCCUACCACACAAGUAGCUACAAUUGAUAGUAUAACACCUGGGGCAAGUUCUGAUUCUUCAAUUCAAUUCCCCUUACCGAGUUUACCAAGUAUUACACUUGAUGAUUUGCAAAGUGAAAAAGAGACCAACGAAGCUUUGUCAGCUCUAGUUUCUUUAAAGGAGUCGACCUUUAGUGAAGACUGCAAUUCAUUUCAAAAAGACAACAUUCCAGAAAAACCUGUUCGAAUACAGGAGAAUGUAAUACAAGAAAGUGAAUGUACAGAAGAUGUAAAUAAAGAAACAAAUCCAAAAAAUGAAAUACUUUCAAAGGCACCAAAGCGUUUAAUGAAAACAAGAAUAGUAAGUGCUGUUAACUAUUCUCCUCAGUACGAAAAAGCCGCAGUCGAAAAGCAAUCCAAAAAACAGAACCUCUUGCCUAAUUCUGCUAUAAUUAAUUUUGAACAGAGAAUCAGAAUCGAGGAAUGUUCACACAUUGAAACAAUAACGUUAGAUGAUGAUGAAAAUACGGAUGUCGCAGUAAUGGCGACUAAUAUGGAUUCUAAUAACAUGCUUUUACCGAAAGGCGUUAAUUUAUUACUCUUACCCGACAAUACGUUAAGCGUCUCCAUAGAUGCUGGAAUGCAAAUAGAUCAAGAUUGUUUAGCUAACUUACCAGAAAUUCUUACAGCUGUUCAAAAGCACCUCGCCGAGACGGGAGUCAUGCAAGUAUUGCCUCAGGAUGCUGUACUAAAUGUUGAUGACUCCUGUGAAAUCGAUGACACAAGGACAAGGUUAGCAACAAGUGAAACUCAAAUAAGAGUAGUUGAAGACAACUCUGAGAAUAUAUCGAACUUAAAUAAUGAACAUAGUUAUUCUGUACCUGAAAAUAGUAAUUCAGAAACAAAUAAUCUGAAAACACCUGAUGAUGUGGAAUUAAACAGUCAAUCAGUGCUUAAUAUACAGUCUAAUAUUACUAAUCAGACAACAGACAAUAAUACGGAAACUAAAGAUGAAACAGCAGAUACAAAACAAGAAAAUACCUGUGGUAUAAGUAUACCUGAUACUAACCGAAAGACAAUAUUGUCUGAUUUGAUGACAUUGUCAGGAAUUUCGCCAGAAGAUGCCUUUACUCCUAUUGAGGAAUCACCUCAAUAUUCAGUACCAAAACUACUGCCUUCUUCAAUUCCCUCAUCGUCUAAGACAGUUAUUGACAAUAUAAACAAAGAUGACCAAUCCAAACUCAAAAAGCCAAUAAAAAGAAUAAAGAUAUCCAUAAGAAAAAUAGGGCGCAAAAACUUGCCAAAAGACACCGAAUCGGUCAUUGACUUGACUGAUGAAUGUGAUAACUCUGUUGAAUUGACAGAAACCAGUGAGAACCACUCCGAAGGCCAAUCCAUACAACCACUUAUUAAGAAAUAUGUGGUAGAUGUCAAACACCAAAAUAAUGUAAGCAAUGACGCUCAACCAUUAAAAUUGUUUAAAUCUGUUCGACCACGUAUAUUAAAAAAGGGUUUUCCGCAAAUGUUACAACUCAGUAAUUUAGAUAAAAAAGUAAAAAAUGCUCUAGCUAAAUUCUAUCUUCCAUUAAGGGAAAAACCACAAUACAUUAAAAUAUUACCAAAAAGUGCGGUUGUAAAACAUUCGACUAAAGCACUUUCAAAAGAAAACUUGAAAAAUCUCGAUAAAGAUAGAAAUUCUGGAGAUAGUAAAGAUAAACAUAAAAAAAUAUGUGAGUUGGAUUCCGAUUCUUCUGAUGAUGAGCCACUAGCGAAAAAAGUAAAGCGCAUCAAAGCCCUGCCCACAAAUAAUAGCGAUGAAUCUACUGUCGAAAUUAAUAACAUAACGCCUGUAGAAAGCUACAAUGUUCCUCUUGAGUUUAUGGACGUGCCGCCACAAAUAACUGAUAAGACGGUCACUGAAAGUGACAGCGAAGAAAAUUGUAUUUUAGGUGUGUGA